CGAACUGAUUUUUUUUUUUGCAUAAAAUUUAAUACAAUUAGGCAAUGUUAUUGGUUUGGAAAGUUUAGUGAAAUUGAAUAUAACCGUAAUUAGGAUUCUUUUAAUGGAUUUGAGUGGAUUCUUCAAUGGAUGAGAAGGAUUUAAAUAGAAUGGGUUGAAAUACAUUUUAAUUUUUGUGAAGGAUUUUAGUGGAGUUCAUUUCCAUAUCAACAAUAAAAAGAAUAGCAAAAUUAUUAUUAGAAUAUCUUUGCAAAUCAAUAAAACUAAGUUGUUGUAAAAACCUAAGUACUUGUAUCUUUCCACAUUUCUUCGUUCAUUGUUUCUUUCCAAAUAGUAGCAUCUUUUUUUUUUCUGAUCUUAUGUCUCCAAAAUUUCUUCAACAUUUUCAGAAUCAUCUCUUCUCUGGCAUUGUUGCCUUCCAUAUUUUGUUUGCGUGCAUAGAAUAUAAACAAUAGACUCCAACAAACUUGCAUAAAAUAUAUACAAUUAAUUCUAACAAACAUCCAUGUUAUCUAACUAUUGAAAAGGAUAUCGUGUAUGGAAAGUUUCAUUUGGCUACAAUAUUAUUAAACCAAAUAGGCAAAAUAGAGAGUCAAAGCAAAUGUGGCCAACGAUCACACAGACAUGAGGACCGAGCAAUUCCACAAAUCGGACAAUGGCAUUAACCCCCAAUUCGAUGUUAAGGAAGCUGCCCACUGCACUGUCGCUGCACCGGAAAAAAUCAAUUCCCUGAAAAGUACCCAUGAAGUAGCAAAAAUGAGGUGGCUAUAUUGAUAUAUAGCAACAUGUUCCUCUUUCGUUGGGCAGAAAAUCAUCUGUGGUGUGGCGUAUACUAAAAAAUGAUAACUUAGAAUUUCUAUAGCUAUAGGGGUAAAAUCCAGUGCACUAAAUAAUGCAGAUUCAAACUCUUCAGAAUCAGCAUAUAGAUAAACAUACUGAAGUCGCAUUUCUGAAACUACAAACCUACGAAUUCCCAUCCCCGACAGAGUUUUCCCAGUAAAAAGAUUACAAAAGCGUGAAAAUCUUCAUCUACCACCAACCCACAGACCGUUAAGAAGGGUAAACAAUCGCUAAGGCGAAAGAUAACCAAAUUAUCUGUUAGAGUAUCAAGGUGUCUCAAAUUGAGGAACAAGUGAACCAGACUCAAAGACUCCGUUCUAUUUAAUAGACCAGCAAUCUGAAAUCUGUCCAUUUUAGAGAAGAUAAAAGACUUCGCUAGGUUUUCGAGAAGAGUGGCGUUUUUUUUUUUCUUAUAGAGUUUAUCAGGUUUACAAAAACCAAGAUUAUUGCAAUUUUAACUAAUCAAAGUCAUGAAUAGAGGACAAAACAAGUAGUUUGAUACCUUACAUUUUUUCUGAAGAAUUAUCAUACUGUAUAUGGUUAUUGAAAAUGAAAGCUUCCAUUGUUGUUAUACUUUUAUAUUUAUAAUACGACACCAUCACUUGCCCGACUGCAAAUGAGCUGCUCUAAAGCAAAUUAUUUGAUUAGUUUGCAAUUAUCCUUGUUUUCUUAGCUGUUAGUUUAUAAUCUUCUGAAUACAACGAGACACGAUAACUUGAUGCUAUUUGGGUCGCAAUUUAAAAAUACUCACCUGAAAUACGCAAACCUGUGUGUUUUAAAUAAGUAGCGAUUGGACAUGUAGAACCGGUAUUUAAAUUCGGUUAAAGAAACCAGAUCAGUUUUCCCGGUAUAUUAUAGAGAAAAAACGGGAGUUGCUUUUCAGCCGUCCAAUCUAAUAUGGACGGUCGCUUAUUUUUGACCAUACAUAUCAAAUCAGACAAUCAAGUAGCUGGCCCUAGAGAAAAGAGAGAAAAGAGACGUCGGGGGUGGGAGAGUCACUUCUCCGGCGCGUGUCGGUGACGGUGGCUCUCCUUCUCUCAGUUUCAGUACAAGCGCAAGGCUGGGUGUCUCGUGAUGGCGUCACUCGCCGAUAUACCGGCGGAUCUGAAUUAGGGUUUUGCUCCGGGAAGCUUCUCGGUUCGUAUCGGGACUUCCAACGGCUACAUCUCGUCUCUCUUUGGAUUCGUGGUGAGGCGUACCGACGACGGUUCACGGUGACAGUCAGCUGUUAGAUCCGGGAGGUGGAGGCUCCGAAAGCUCUACUAUCGCCGCUAAAGAUUCCGAGGAGCGGAGGCUUUUUCAGCUUUGCGCCGUCGUCAAGUUUCCGGGAUGCAGAGGCGUGUUUUGCCUUGCGUCGUCGGCUUUGUUUUGCCUAGGAGAUCUAAAGGUUUGAUUUUAUUUUUUUCGGCUUUGUUUUUGCGGUUUUAGUCUCGGUUUUUUGGAGGAGAGUCCGUCGGGGACGGUGGAAGCUCUCCGGUGUAAGGAGGACAGUGAUUGUGAAGCUUUCUCUGGGGUGGUGGUGGUGAAAGAUUACGGAUGAGAUCUCGCCAAGGCGAUUGACGCUCUCCGAUAUUGAAACCCUAUGAAGCAUACAGUUGUUUACGGUGACGUCUAGACGGAACAAAGGAGUUCCGUUUUGGUCCGGGGAUCUGUGUGUCGGAUCUCCGGUUCGGUAAUGGUGAAAGAUGUGGUGACGCGACGUCUUCGCGACACGUGUCCCUCGUCGUCGAGGAUGGCAACACGUGUCCGAGCAGUUUCAACGAAGAGAUGUGCGAGACGGCGUCGGCUUUUGCGGGGGUGAGCUAGGGUUUUCUAAAUGUGGGCUUGAAGCCCAUUUGAAGAAAGAGUUGUAUUGUGUGGCCCGGUUUGUUUGUGGGCUUUGUAAUUUGUAAUGGGCUCUGGACUUUUUAUAAUAUUUAAAAAACUUUGACGGAAAAAAAAAAAAAAAUCAAAUCAGACAAUCACUUCUCUCUCUGUUAAGUGGGUAAUCGUAGCCGUACAGUUUAUCGGGACCUGCAAUGCUCAGAUUACGACACGUAAGCGGAGUAUUGGAUUAGUUAUGUGUCAUGGACAGUGUCCCACAUAGUAUGCGAAUACUAGGUUUGGUGGGGGCUUCUUUUAGCUUACGUGUCUACUCUUUAUCGUUUCUUCCUCUGAUAUCCAAUUCUGUUUGUUUUUUUUAGUUGCCCAUAUUAAUAUUCUUUUUUUUUAUAAUCAUAAAUAUAAUUCCUGUGAAACAUUCCAUUUCUUUAUUUCUUAAAAAUAGUUAAAUCCUAAAUUAUGAUACCUAACCUUGAAAUUAAAAUCUAAAUCUUAAAUUAAAUCAUAAAUCCUAUGAACUAAACUCCAUAUCCGAUAAUGGUUAUUUUUAUUAAUUUGGAACAAUUACUCUGUUCAUCGUUUACUAUACAGAAUAACAUAUACGAAUAUUAGUAUAUAGAAGAAAAUAACAUAAUAUACGCAAAUUAGCCAAUUAUUAUUCAUAUAUAAUGUACCUUUUUAUGUAUAAAGAUUAAAGAGAUAGAGAGAGGCUGAAAGGCACAUGGAGCGCACGAACAUAAUUUAGGAGAUAAUUAUGAUGUAUCACGUCGCUCUAGGUGCCACGAGUGUGUUUGAUCAUCUGACUUUGAUUUAAGAAAACGAAUAGUAGUAAACAAAAGGAUCAGAGCUUAUAAGUUAUAACUUUCCAGUUACCUAUAUUCUAGAACUAGCAAGUAUAAUUAUUAAUCUACCGUACACGAGUGUGGUAAAAAAAAAGAAGUAUCAUCAUCCUCUAUGAUUUAGUAAAGUAUUGCAGGAAAACAAAAAAAAAACGGAUAUUUAAUUAAAAAAGUUUAGUUAUUGAUUAUUGAACGUAAAUAUGAAUGGGUUGAAUAAAAAUAUCAAAUAUCUUAUCAUUAUCUUUUGUCGAUAUUUUAGGUUGUAGAUAUCUUAGCUUACACUUGGUUUACACAAAAUAACUAACCACAGGAACAUUACAAAUUUACAAUUUUAUCUUUUCUCAAUAGCUAAAAUUACAAAUUUUCAUUUUUAAUAUAAGAAGUAUAUCUAAAUGGUUUCUUCAUGAAUGUACAUAGUUUGGAUCAAUGUUUUAUUUUUUCACAAGCUGGAUGUGCUGUUGAAUUAAAAUUUAUUAUGAACAAAAGAAUGUAAUAAUAGUAACUAUUUUAUCUGCAUUUUCAUGAUAUAUAAUAAUUCAAUAGCUCGCAAACUAAUAGUGAAGCCCCACUUGGCUUUUCAGUCAUACUGUUUGGACUCUCGUCAAAGUCCAAGUUCGUUCGAAGAACACCUUUACCCCUAAAUCCAGGGACAUCCUUUUGACACAAAAAGAAAUUUUAAACAGCACCAAAAUUAUUAAAUUUAAAAGAAAAAGUUUUGGCUUUUAAUUAGCUGUUCAAAAUUUUCUGUGUUUUUCUUUGCCUUUUUUGAGAAAUGUAAAGAAAUUCUCCAUUCCUAAACUCAAGAAAGCCUCGAUCACAUGGAACUUGACAAAAGUUUUCACCCAAAAGUGUUCAAUAGUGCAAUCCCAUAUCAAUUUGAUUUGUCAUAUCAUAUGUUUUUUCUCUCGUAUCAUAUGUUAAUAUGAAUCAUUUACCCUAUUUCAAAAACACACAGUAUUGUUUUCUUUCUCCGAGUUAUUAAGGAAAAUUUAUAUUAACUUCGUAUCUCUCAACGACUACAUGAAUCCAAUAUCAAUCAAAUGUAUACACUUGUUAGUAAACAGUUGUAAGAAUACAUGGAACUAUAACCAUUUAACUAAUGCGGUGUUUUUUUUGUAAUCUCAUAACGUUAUGACCUGCAAUACUAGUUAUGAAAUUUAUAAGAAAGGAAAGUGAUAUGCGUCUUGAUAAUUUAUAAGAAAGGAAAAUGAUCUGCGUCUUUACGUAAUUAUAAUCAUGAUUCAUGAACCAACUUAUAGUUCCACAUGAAGUUGAUAAUAUGAGUCAAAUGGAAGGCUAGUCCAACAUGAAGUUCAUAAUAUGAGUGGAUGAGUCAAGGGUCGUCAGAUUCAUAUAUAGCUUAAACUUGUCUUUAACCCCAAUUCUUAAAAGGGAUGAAGAAUAUUAAUAAAUACACCAAACUAAACAUUUAUACUUUGUUAUAAUCAUUGCAUUUUAGAACUCUAUGUAAUUUGCGGAUAAGAAUUAUUCCUCUCUAAUAUAUUAUUGGAGUUCUCAUACAAAUCAUUCCUAGCUAUGCAGAUUGUUUAGUUCAUAUGGUAUCCUAUAAAUAUGCACAACAAUUUUAUUUUCAGAAAAAUAGAUAUCGUUAUUAAUCCUUGCGCACGACAUUUUCGUUGUGUUUGGUAAAUUGUAUUGCUAACACCCCCACCCCGGAAGAUAGUGACAGCGGUUAUCAUGGUCCGACCACGGUUAUAUUACUGAUGUAUUAGUCAAAAGAUAAAAUUCUAAAGAGCCAAAAUGUGUAGAACUAUAUAAAAUAUUAUUUGUUUGACUGACUUUUAUAAGAAAAUAAUAUAAUUUUCAUUCCCAAUGCCAUUUAGCAAUGUGCAAAAAAGCUUCCCAACAAUUGUCACAGUUGCAAGCCUUAAUACAAGGAGAUCAUCACACUUUUGUACCGUAACCCCCAUUCGGUUAAAAGGCAAAACAUUUAAUUCAAAAGAAGUUAUAUUUUACGUCGCUCAUGUGACAUAAAAGGAGAAAAAAGAGGAGAAUUUGGCUAAUCUUAUGGCUUACGAGACCUUUUCAGCUAAAAGUAUUAUAUCAAAAUAUUCUUGGUAAGAAGUAAAAUUUAGCAACACUAUACUUCUUUUACCUGCCCGUUUGUAGUUAAUAGGAACCAUACCCUAGGUUUGAUAGACGUAUUAUCAACCCACAACGUACCAAACGCAAUUCUUCUCGCUCACUUGAUAAUUAAGUUUAACUAAAAGUCUCUAGUCUUAAACGGUUAAACCGAUCGAAGUUCGAUGUUAGGGCUCAUGGUAAAUUUUGAAUUAUUAAUUACAUUUUUGAACUUCAAGUUAAAGUCGUUUUUUAAAGUUAAAGCCGUGUUGUAGUUGACUAUGAACAAUUUUCUUGAUUUCAUGUUUGUCGGUAAGACAUUAAUUUCUUUAUGCAAUCACAUAUGACGAAUAACUACUCAAGCUCGUGUGUACCUAUAUAAUCCUAGAAAAUUACAAACACAAAGAGACUAAGAUUGUUGUUCAGUUGUGUUUGUUUUCAUACAAGGACAUCGAUAUAAAAAUGUCCACUGAGAUAUUAAAUUAAAAACCACAUUUAACCACUCCCAUUGAAUAAUCAUUACAAGAUGACAAAAAAUCUAUAUAUUCUCAUUUCUAUUUCUGCUUAAAAUGCGGUCACCAUGUGAUUUGACCAGGGGGCAUCUAUACAGGUAAGUUAAUUACAUUGGUACUUUAUAAUUGAGUAACCAAACUAAACCACAUUAAAAUAUGAAAGGAAAAAACUAGAAUGUUCAUGUCGCUUGCUUGUCCGUUGUAAUAUUUUUAUUUUGCAUUUUUUUUUGGGGAGAAAGUUAAGCUUGCUGAAUUUUAAAUAUACUUCAAAUUGUUGAUGAAAUUUGUUAAGAAUUCAUGGCACCUUAGUCCUUAGAAAAAUUAAUUUCUACACAACCUAUUGUAAUUAGCAAUGCAUAUCACCUCAAAUAUAUACCAUUUAAAUGAUCCAUUUCUUUUACGUAGACCCUUGACCUUUAGGUUAUGAUAUAUAUGUAGGGUUAUUAUGCACAUUGCACGUGACCACUAAGCAGAUUACUUGAGUUAAUUAAUUAGCUUCAUUCUAGUGAAAUAAAAUAUCCAAAUAGCAUGAUGUAAUAUAUACAUCACAAAGUGUUCUUUUAACAAAUAUAUUCUAUAUAUAUAUUCUUAUUCUUUACUCUAAAUCAAGAUUGGUUACUGUGACAUUCCAGAUUUUGGAUUGGUUCCAAUGAUUUUUGGCCUCAUUCUUAGGCUUGCAUAAGUAGCCAUCCGUACAUAAUACACGUAUAUAUAUACACUGAAUGUACACAGUAAAAAGUUAAAGACUCUAACCAGUGAACUAUAAUGGCAAGAAAACAGACUAAGAAGACCAGACAAAGCUGUUUAAAAUCGGUUUAAUUUAUAAAUAAAUCUUAUAAAAAUCCAACCAAUGUUCCAACGUUAAUUUAUUUCUGUCGCUGACGCUUAAAUAAAAUAUCUUGGAAAACGAGGAAAAAAAAAGGUAGUCUUAAAGCAGUUGAAUCAAAAGUGAAGUCUCUCUAUCAAGUUCAAUGUCUCUCUAUUUAUAACAUCACUUCACUUCCAUUCCCAAACAACACUCAUCAUCUUCUUCAGUCAGAACCAAAGCAAAAAGAAGAAACUUAAUCAUAGCACAUCUUCAACCAAAACCCUAAAAGAAGGCUCCUUUCAAGAAAACUAUUUCUUCAUCAUCAUGUCAACUUCCAAAACCCUAGAUCAUAUUAAGCCAUAUGAAACAUCCCAAACUCAAAUGGGGUUUGCUAUAAUCAACCAGAACACAGCCAACACAACCACAACCACAACUGGAGAGAGACGAGGCCGGAGAUCAAAGCAAGCAGAGCCAGGGAGGUUCCUAGGAGUCAGGAGACGUCCAUGGGGUCGUUACGCAGCUGAGAUCAGAGAUCCAACCACCAAAGAACGUCACUGGCUUGGCACUUUCGACACUGCUCAUGAAGCCGCUCUUGCCUACGAUAGAGCAGCUCUUUCGAUGAGAGGCACUCAAGGUCGAACUAACUUCGCCUACACUCCAACUGAUGUUCACACCAUCCUCACAAACCCUAAUCUCCACUCUCUCAUCGUCUCUCCUUACAACAACAACCAAUCUUUCUUACCAAACUCUUCUCCACAGUUUGUCAUUGAUCACCAUCCUCAUUAUCAAAACUAUCAUCACCAUCAGCAACCUAAACAUAUACCCACCGCUUCUUUCAAAACUCCGGUUCGUCAUCAAAACGCAGAUAUUCAAGCGUUUAGCUCUAGUCCUCAAAACUCAUCUUGUAACGGCUCGUUAUCUUCUUCACUAGACGAAGAACACAACUUCUUUUCUUUCGAUGGAAGUAACUCCAGUAACAACUCGGGUUACUUGGACUGCAUUGUCCCAAACCAUUGUCUUAAACCACCUCCGGAAACCACCACUACCCAAAGUAAAACCGGAGCUGGUUUCACAACUCCAGCAAGCAAGGCCUCUGACUCAUACGGAGGAUUUAAUAAUAGUUACUUUGAAGAUGGUGAUAUGAUGAUGAAUCAACAUCAUGAGUUUGGUUCGUGUGAUCUUUCUGCCAUGAUAACUAACUAUGGUGCCGCUGCUUCAAUGACAAUGAAGCAGCAAGAUUUCUCUUCCGCGUCUUCUUCUAUCGCUGCUUUUGGAGAUGUUGCAGACACUACUGGCUUCUACUCGCUCUAUUAGAAGUAGAACAUUCAUUUUGAUGUUUCUGUUUUAUUUUUAUAUUUAUGUAAUAAUAUAAUAAGUAUUUAAGUUAUUCCAUGAGAAUUUGCAUUUUGUUAACAGCAUGUUAUGGACUUUAUUAUACAUAUUCUGCUUAUUUGUAUCAUGCACCAUAUAUAAGGUUAGCUUACCAUGAAGUUUUGUUUUUCUUUCUUUUUAUUUUGGUAAUUUUUAAGUUGUGGUUUUGAAAAGAAAAGAAGAGUUGUGGUUUUGUUUAGCAAAAGGUAUUAUUGCUAGUUGUAUUAAAGACCUUUGUUUUUGUCCAUGCUUCUUCCAACACACUCAUUAGGUAUAUAAAGAUGUUGUGUGUAUAAUAAUGAAAUCGAAUGAAUUACUCAAAAAGGAUAUUUGACUAGAAUACAUACGCUCGGUUAUUAUAAACUUUCAUGACAAUUGUAAAUUUGGCAUUAGUAAGAAUAUAAGAUAUAUAUGAUGGAAAAAAUAUUAAGAUUAAAGAUAGGGGAUUUGGCAUAAAAUUUUGCAUGUUUGUUAAAAGUAGUAUAACUAAAGUGAGAUGGACUUUUAGUGAAGUAGCAUGAUGGUGUUUUUGGUCUUUGGACAACAUGUGUUUUGGUCAUGACUUGUUUGGUCUUUAACUGCACAAUCACUGUUUCAUGUCUCCCUCCUUUUGCCUUAACUUUUGUCAACACCAACUCAACAUCACAACUCUUUUCUUCUUCUUAAAUCUGUUUAAGGUUUUGACUUUCUUUCAUAGAACUCGAUUAGUUCCCUUUCCAAUGCUGAUCAAAUUCACUUUAUUUGUUAAAUCAUCAGACCCAAUCAAAGCUGUUAUAUAUAUCAAACACACACUCACAUAUGUGUAUAUCUAUAUAAUGUACUUAACUAAGUCUACCGUAACUCGUAUGUAUUAAAGCUAGUUGCAUCUUUGUACAGCCUUAAUUAUGGUAGAUCGUUUGUAACUCAGAGAAAAAAAAACAUUUAAUGAUUAGUAGUAGUUUUUGGGUUGUUGAAAGCUUUUUGUUGUGAUGUUUCAGUGGCCAAACCCAUGAUUAUGAAUUUUCUGUUGUUUGAGUAAAACUAGACGCAACGAAAAAACUACACACAAAGAACGAAGUACGAUAAUUACUGACUUCUACUUCCACAUUAACAGUGAUCCCGAGAUCUGCUCUGUUCUGCCUUUUUCAUUCUAUUUCUCUUCCAUGUUGCUGUUCCAAAAACAACUGGAUAUCGGAUUGUGCUAUUAUUGCGUUUGCAUUUACUAUUCAACAUAUUAAUUUUGUUUACCCCUAGAAAUGAAAAAUAGUCUUAUUAGUGUAGUUAUUUUGUCAAAUCUUAUGUACAAAUUGCAAAUGCAAAAAAAAAAAAAAAAUCACAUUCAAGUUUCUGUUGUGCAUGAAAUGAAAAUUUACAAUUAUUUUUAAAAAGGUUUAAUCAAAAUGUUUUUGUUUUACAACAUGUUUAAUAAAAAAAUUAAAAUAUGUACUCUCUUGAAAAUAACAUGGGAUUUAUAAUAUAAUCUAAAAUGUAAAUAUGAAAACAAACGCAAUCAAAAAUAAAAAUCUGACUCUUAAUUCCCAUAUUCCAUAAACUAACAAGGGAUCUUCGUGAAUAAUUUCAUUUAUUUAACAAUAAUCGUUUCGGAAAGUACAAAAAAAAAGAGAUAAACAGAGAUGACAGUAUGAAGGAAUCGUAUGAACAUGGUAAGCAGGGGGCGGACGGAGGUGACGACCAACGGGGUCACGUGCCCCCAACUAAAUUUUAGUUUUUCAUAAGUAAUUAGCUCAAGAUCUUAAUUUUCUUUGAGAAAUUAGUUCAAAUUUCAUGAAUGUGCCCCCAGUUAAUCUAAAUUUUAUUAAAGUGCCCCCAAUUAAAACUUGUUCUAGAUCCGCCCCUGAUGGUAAGAGAGACGUAAGAGGAGAGACAUAACACAAAAAAAAAAAAAAACUAGAGCUGCUUUCGUCUCUCUCUGCUUUUGCUUCUUGUUGUUGUCUC